AUGGACGAUCGGCUCAUUUCAAGUGUGAUGCUCCCUCAGCCAACCUCAUUCUUGCGUGAAGAAGCCCGAGGCGCAAGGCAUGUCGACCCCGCUCCGCCAUUCCAGUCCCGCGGCGUCGAAACCUCGAUUGAUAUCGCACGUCGCCAAGCGUAUCAGGUACCUCCAGUAGCGGGGACAAAGCGGCCAUCAACGGCGACCACCGAGCAAUCAUUUUCUGAGACCGUCCUCGUAGGAACCGGCGAGUCUAAGCCUUUCUCACGGUGGCACGAGCUAACGGAUGAUGACAUCGUGGAAUCAACACCCUUGAAUUCCGCCCGAGCUUCGCCGGCCCCUCCUGUAAAUCGAUUCCGGGCCAGCAGAAUUCACCCAGGCCCCGGUUCAACACCCACCGACGAGGGAUUGCACCAGCAAAGAAGCGUGUCCACCGCGCCGGGAUCCAGCCAGAAUCCUCUGCUCUCAUUGGCCAAUCCCAAGUACGGGCUGCCGGCGGCGCUCACGGCCAACUUCGCGGCACUGGGCGUCCAGAAUAUCUACCCGUGGCAGGCAUCGUGUCUAUUAGCCCGCGGCUUACUCUCGGGCGAGCGGCAUCUGAAUCCCGCCCGUAAGGCUCUCCUCGUUCUGCCUUAUGUCGCGCUAGUCCAGGAGAAGCUGAAAUGGAUGCGCCGGAUCGUCCAGGAAGUGGAGAGGCAGGUCCCUGGGGAUGAGCCCGACGAGACUUCGUUCCCGUCCAAGCGAUGGAAGAAGCUGCAGAAACAGAUCCGCGUUACUGGGUUUUUUGGCGGAAGCCGGACCACGGCGACCUGGGCGGAUACUGAUAUUGCUGUGUGUACUAUAGAGAAGGCAAAUUCGUUGAUAAAUUCUGCGAUCGAAGAAUGUAGCAUAGGGGACCUGGGUGUGGUGGUGCUCGACGAGUUGCACAUGCUCGACGAUGAGCAUCGCGGAUAUUUACUCGAGCUCAUGAUCACCAAAUUACUGCUCCUUCGGCAAGACAUUCAAAUUGUGGGCAUGAGCGCCACUCUAUCGAAUACGGAAAUGCUAGCCCAGUGGAUGAACGCCAAGUUCUACAUUUCCACACAUCGGCCCAUCCCCAUUGAUGAAUACCUUGUCUACGACAAUGCCAUUUAUCCGGCAGCAACGUCCCGACAACUGUUUCAAACGGCAUCCAAGCUGACUGCCUCGACCUCUUUGCACGGCUCGAUUCCGCCGGAUCGGAUCAUCGAGCCCUCGGCCUACGACGAACUCAGCAAUGCGGCGACAAAUGCCAUGGUAGCAUUGGCUGUGGAAACUGCGUCCGCAGGCUAUGGUGCCCUCGUCUUCUGUAGUAGCCGUGGAUCAUGUCAGAUACACGCGGCUGCCAUUAGCGAAGCUAUGCCUGGGCUGUCUUCAGAGCAAGCGGAAGAAUUCAGCAAACGGUUGGAUCUACUUGCGGACCUUCGGAGUCUAGCAUGUGGCCUGGACCCCGUGCUAGAAAAGACCAUUGUCAAAGGGGCCGGAUUCCACCAUGCUGGGAUGACAACGGAGGAGCGGGAAUUGAUUGCACAAGCUUACGAUCAGGGUGUAUUGAGAGUGCUUGUGGCUACAUGCAGUUUAGCUGCUGGCGUGAACCUCCCUGCUCGCAGGGUCAUUAUUAAUGGUGCACGAAUGGGGCGAGAACUGGUAGGGCCCGCGAUGCUACGUCAAAUGCGCGGACGUGCAGGACGCAAAGGGAAAGACGAAGCGGGAGAGACAUAUUUGAUAUGCGUGAAAGCUGAUCUUGGAGCUGUCUGCGAUCUGUUAGAUGCAGAUAUGCCCGCUAUUGGGAGCUGUCUGGCCCCCGAAAAAAGAGGAAUGAAGCGAGCACUUCUGGAAGCAGUCGCCACUGGCCUAGUAUCUGGAGACGAGGCGAUUAAAGAAUAUGUCCGCUGUACCCUUCUCUACCGAACCCUCGACAAAAAGCUCGUAUACAGUAUCAUGAAAUCAGCCCUCCAGGAAUUGAUCGAUGAAGGGCUUCUGCUCUUCAGUGAAGACGAGUCCUACGAGGCAACUCACCUCGGCCAGGCCGUCGUUGCAUCAGCAUUCACCCCGGAAGACGGGCUCUUUGUACACGAAGAAUUGAAGCGAGCCCUGCAAGCAUUCGUCAUGGAUGGCGAUAUGCACAUAUUCUAUAUGUUUGCACCCCUGCAAAAUUCCAUGGACACGCCAAUCGAUUGGCAAAUCUUUCGCGAUCAGCUGGACCAUCUAGACGAAAGUGGCCUCCGUGCCCUGCAGUUCAUCGGUGUCCAGCCAGGAUUCGUCAAUAAUAUGGUUCAAUCUGGCGCCUCUCUCAAAAAAACCAACCCCAUCCAGAUCAAACAAGCCCGCAUCUAUCGCCGCGCCUACACGGCCUUCCAACUCCGCGACCUCAGCAAUGAAGUCCCCCUCGCCACCAUCGCCAAGCGCUACCGCAUCCCGCGCGGCGCCGUCCAAACCCUCGCGCAGCAAUGUCACGGCUUCGCCGCCGGUAUCGUUAAAUUCUGUCAGCGCAUGAAUUGGGGCAUGCUUGCCGCCGUGCUCGACCACAUGCGUGACCGGCUCGAGGCAGGCGCCCGGGCGGAUCUGCUCGAGAUGGCGCAGGUCAUGUUCGUCAAGAGCUGGACGGCGCGCUUACUCCGUGAGAAUGGGUUUCGGAAUCUACGCGCCUUGGCUGAGGCAGAUCCAAAGGACUUGGUGCCAGUGCUUAUGAUGGUGAAUCCGCGGAAGACGCAGAAGCAUCAGCUUCACCCUACCGAGGCUGAGAGGUUUGCGGCGAAGUUACUGGAUAAGGCAGAGGCCAUUGUUGCUUCGGCGAACAAGAUAUGGGACCGAGAGAUGCAGCUAGAGUUGGAGGAAUAA